UAGAAAUACAAGACACAAAAAGGCAAGGAAUGGAAAAACUGGAGAAAACGAAUCGCCAUCAUCGCAGGGUUAGUUUCGGCAUUGAAGAAAAUAACAUUACCUUCUUCAACGAAACCCACCCACGCAAAACAAACACAAACACAACAACAACAACAACAACAACAACAACAACAUCAAAUCUCAAAUCCGAGAACCCUAACUUUCCCUUUUCCCCUCUUUUCAAUUUCUCCGUUCCAAUUCGCGAACCCUAUCUGUUGCAUGCGUCAACAAUUCCAACAAUUAGGUUGAAUCUUCCGUGAUUUUCGUUUCAAUUUCUGUGAUUUGAUGGCGAAAGGUAAGGAUUCUGAUGAGUUUGUGUUGCUUUCGAAGAUCCGUACGGGGGUGAAGAGGGAGUUUGCAUUCGCCAUGAAGGCUCAAUCGGAGAUUGGUGCUGGUUCUUUGGGUCGGACAAGGGGUAGCAAGAAUCGGAAUGAGGCGCCGGCGAGGACUGUUAGGGCUGCUAAGAGGUCAAGGAAGAAUGCGGUGAAGGACGCGGCUGCGGAGGAGGUGGUGGUGGGUGAUGCCAUGAGCGAGGAGGAGGCUAAGAGUGAUGUGGUGGACCUUCCCAGCGAUGAGGUGGAGGAAGAGGAGCUGAAGGGUGAUGUGGUGGUGGAAACUGUGAUCAAUGAGGAGGUUAUGGAGGAAAUAGCACCAGAAUCCGUUGUGGUCAAAGUGGAUUUUGAAGAAUCGGAAAAGGGUGGUGUUGAUGACCAACCCCUUGUUGUCAAAGAGGAGAAAGGUGCUCUUGAUGAAAAACCCCUUGUGGUCAAAGAGGAUUUGCAAGAUCAGGGGAAGGGUGCUCUUGAUGAACAACAACCCCUUGUGGUCAAAGAGGAGAAGGGUGCUCUUGAUGAAAAAGGGGCUAGUGGGGUAGCCCCAGAGGCUUUGGUUAAGGAUGAUAAGGGUGAUGUUAAGGGGGGGAAGAAGAAAAAGAAGAAGAUGGCUUUGGAUAAUACAAUGAGGAGGUUUACCAGGUCAGCAUUGAAGCAAAAUUCUGAUGAAAUGAAGAUGGAAAUUGGUGGGGAACAGGCUAAUGCUGCAGGUGUUGGAAUAGAUGAUAAUGUUAAAAAGGAGGUUCAGGCCUCCCCAUUAAUGACCACUCCAAUGCCAUUUACAGGGUCCAGAUUGAGGAAGUUCCCUACCAGGCUGAAGGAUCUUCUGGCUACAGGGAUUCUAGAGGGACUGCCCGUGAAGUAUAUUAAGGGAGUAAAGGCCCGAAGACCUGGAGAAAACGGGCUGCGAGGAGUGGUUACUGGGCCUGGGAUUUUGUGCUAUUGUGAUAGUUGUAAUGGGACUGAGGUUGUCUCGCCCACUGUGUAUGAACUGCAUGCUGGUAGUGCCAACAAACGUCCCCCAGAGUAUACUUACCUUGAUAAUGGGCGUCCCCUCCGGGAUGUCAUGAAUGCAUGUUCGAAUGGUCCAUUGGGAAGCAUGGAAGAAGUUGUUCAAAUGAUUCUUGGUCAAUUUACUUUGAAGAAAUCUAACAUCUGUUUCAACUGCAGAGUGUCCACUUCUGAUGAUGGAGCGAGUCUGUCAAAACUAUUUUGUGAUUCAUGCAUGGAGUUAAAAGACUCUCAACAUAGCCUCCCUGAAACAGCUGUGGCAAGUAGCUGCACCCUGGAAACAGCUGCGGAAAACAGCUGUGCCCCUGAAACAGCAGUGGCAAGCAGCUUCCCCCCUCCGACUGAUGUGGCAAGCAGCUGCCCCCCUCAAACACCUGUGGCAAGCAGUGAAAGUAUUUCACCAGAUGUUCAGCCCAGAUCACCCGAAACAGCUGUGCUUACGAAGUCAUUAAAGGCUGGGAUGAAACACAGUACAUCCCGGGGCAAGAGUCAGGGAAAACUGACAAGAAAGGAUUUACGCUUGCACAAGUUUGUAUUUGAAGAAGAUGUGUUGGCUGAGGGAGUUGAGUUAGCCUACUAUGCUCAUGGAAAGAAAUUAUUGGUUGGCUAUAAAAAGGGAUGUGGAAUUUUGUGUACCUGCUGCAAUGCUGAGGUCAGUGCUUCUCUGUUUGAAUCUCAUGCUGGCUGGGCAACCCGACGCAAGCCUUACCACAACAUAUAUACAACUGACGGAGUCUCACUCCACGACUUGUCCAUCUCUUUGUCGAGAGAUCGGAGGUUUGCUACCACUGAAAAUGAUGACCUUUGCAGCAUAUGUGAAGAUGGAGGGGAUCUGUUGUGUUGUGAUGGAUGCCCAAGAGCUUUUCACAUAGAUUGUGUUCCUUUGUCAUGCAUUCCAAGUGGUACUUGGUAUUGUAAAUAUUGCCAGAACCUUUUUGAGAAAGACAAACCAAGGGAGCGUAAUAAUAAACCAAAGACAAACCGAAGAUGCGUUCGCGUUGUCAGAACUGUAGCGGUUGAACACGGCGGAUGUGCCUUGUGCGGGAGUCAUGAUUUCAGUAAAAUCUUUGGUCCUCGGACUGUAAUUAUUUGUGAUCAGUGUGAAAGGGAAUAUCAUGUUGGGUGUUUGAAGCAACAUAACAUGCAGGAUCUAGCGGAACUGCCUGAAGGGAAUUGGUUCUGCAGAGAAAGUUGCAAUCAAAUUCAUUCAGCUUUGAUUAAUUUGGUUGCUUGUGGGGAGAAGAAUAUCCCAGAUUCUUUUCAGAGCUUGAUAAAAAAGAAGCAUGAAGAGAAAGGUUUAGACACUGGGGUUGAUCUUGAUAUCAAAUGGAGGGUUCUGAAUUGGAAAUUGGCUCCUGGUGAGGAAACUAGGCCAUUGCUUUCGAAGGCUGUUGCCAUCUUUCAUGAGAGGUUUGAUCCUAUUGUUGAUUCUUCUUCUGGUCGUGAUUUCAUUCCAACAAUGCUGUAUGGAAGGAACAUCCGGGGCCAAGAUUUUGGUGGAAUGUAUUGUGCCGUGCUCACUGUCAACCAAGUUGUCGUCUCUGCUGGAGUAUUUCGAGUCUUUGGACCGGAAAUAGCUGAGCUUCCAUUGGUGGCUACGACUGCUGAGUACCAAGGACAGGGUUAUUUUCAGUGCUUAUUUUCCUGCAUUGAGGGGUUGCUUGGUUCUUUAAACGUGAAAAACCUUGUCCUGCCAGCGGCUGAGGAAGCUGAAUCAAUAUGGACGGGUAAAUUUGGGUUUACCAAGCUUGGGCAAGAUGAGAUAAAAAACUACAAGAAGUUUUAUCAUAUGAUGGUAUUUCAAGGGACCUCGCUGCUUCAGAAGCCAGUUUCUGCACUCUGAUGCACUUUUUAUAGAGUUUGUGUAAAGUUUAGAGGCCCCCACAUGCAAUAGCUGUUAUUUUUUUGUUGUUUUGCUGGAAGCGGACCGCAGUCGUUUAGCAUGUACAGGGUUCUGCGUUUUGGUGUACAGAAAAACAGACCACCACCUCUGGCUGUGGCAAUUUUUUGUAGCAAAGAAAUGAAACAGGGUUAGAGUUGAAAAUAGAGGACAAAGGAUGUUGAGAGAAACUUGCUCAAAUUUUGGUAUAUGGUAAAAUUCAUUUAAUAGCCAUAGUGGUUUUGUGCUGA